AAUCUGCAGUCACAUCAAUAAUCAUGAGAAUGAGGAAAUAAUGUCAUCACGCCUGGCCUGUCCGCUUGGUUCCGGCUGGAUCCGUUUGAAGGCAGUUUGGGAAUAUUUAAACGGAGCGCAGAGCCUCCACAGAGCCGUUUUAGAGGGGGGCGGAGACAAGCUUGCUUUGCAUCUAUAGAUGGUACAGUGGCAGAUAUGCAGGAUGACUGCAGGCUGCUUUACAUACGAGCUUUAUUAAGUUUACAAUAGGGAUUUUAGAGGGUCUCUCUCGGUUCUUCUGGAGCAUAAUGGGUAGAUGUUAAUCCAGUUGCACAGGGGAUUCACACCGCCCGGAAGGCAUUUUUUCCGUGCCGCAGAACUAACCACAAUCAUCCACGACAAAGUGACACUGGAACUCGAACAAGUGACCCGCCUAACAUAGUUGUAAGUGCGGCUAUUUGAGAGAGACGCGACAUUGUAGCCAGGAGGAGACAACGGAGGAGACAUCACACGGAUAGCAGCCCGAUUUUCCUGCGCAUAACGUUCACUGGCAUCUAAGGCGACUGUUUCCCCGCGGGGUGGCCAUGAAAAGCGGACUGUCUGGUUUGUUUUCUCCAUCCACUGCCAACCUACAUGAAACAAAGUGCGCUGCCCGUCACCUCAGCCGCGCUGUGAGGUAGAUCCAGGCGGUGUACCCGGGUUUAUGUCGUAAACAUUUCUAGUCAAGAGUCCAGCUUCUCCCGAAAUCAUCAUGAGGACCAGCGAGGAGACCGAGGGCUUUGACGCCGAGGCCUCCAACACGUCCAUGAUCUCCGGGGCCAGUAGCCCGUAUCAACCCACUACCGAGCCCGUCCAUGCGAGGCACAUUUUUGGGGGCAUAAGGUGCGACGUGGAGUACCUGAAGUCAUACUUUGGAAUUUUAAAGGUGGUUGAAGUGGUCCUGUCAUUUAUUGGAUUCAUCUGCAUCGAGACCAUCAUGAUGUGUUCUCCCUGUGGAGGGGUCUACUUCUUUGAGUUUGUCAGCUGCAGUGCCUUUGUGGUGACAGGAGUCCUCCUCCUGAUCUUUAGCCUCAACCUGCACAUCAAGGUGCCACAAGUCAACUGGAACCUCACGGACCUGGUUAACACUGCUGCCAGUACCUUUUUUUUCUUCUUGUCAUCUCUUGUGUUGGCCUGCAUCAACCACAACACUGGAGCCGAAAUAGCAGCAGUGAUAUUUGGUUUCCUGGUGACAGGCGUCUAUGGCAUAAAUACCUUCUUGGCAGUACGGAAGUGGCGCCUUGGCAACGGGUGUCAUGGGGCGGCUCAGGCCAGCGAGUACAUGCGAGCGCGCACAGCAUCUCGUGGAGAAAUGGAGGCACGACCUGAGCUUGCAUGAGCACUAGCAGACUAAGGGAAAACCACACUACUGGCAGAUAACUGAGAUGGACAUUGCUCUAUCUCCAGCACAAGUCUUGGGCGGAACAGCCGUCUCACGCUGACCACAUGCGCUUGGCUUCUCAUCAGCCUGCAGCCUGCUCAGCUGCUGAAGAAAUCUUCAUUUCAUAGCCACAGAGAAGGUCUGUGGCCUUGUCUACAAGGCAUCCUUACUGCAGUUACACACAGAGACUCUAGAGUGAAGAGCUUGAGUCAGAGUUGAAGAUAUUCUCUGGAAAACAUUUCUUCUGCGUUUUAAAAUCGGUGUGAAGACUUCCACGAAGAACCAAAAGUCUGAUUUGACUCAGGCUGUGGAUCUUACCUUAGAGUUUUUUGUUUCACUGUGAAUGAAGCAAAAAAGGUGAGCUUUUGUACAGUUAACGUCAUGCCGCUGUGUGUGAACUCUGUGGUAAUAAAUAUGGAUCCAGGAAGCCACUGGACAAGCAACAUACAGUAACCUGCAGUACAGCAGAAGCGCUGUGGCUUUACAUUUCUUUCACAGAUACUGACGGCAGCCUGCGGACAAGGCUGACAGUGAAUCUAAAGAUUACACAAACUGACUUAAGAGUUCGUUUCUCCUUUGUCUUGAUUGACUUAAUAUGUGACCUUUAGCUACUUUUAAGAUCUUUGUCUUCAGCUGUUAUACACUAAAAGCACAGGGUUAUUCUCAACUGCAAUAAUGGACAGUACAAGGAAAAUGUCCAAAUAUUUUAAAUGAGUGAUAAAGAUGAUCUUUACAUUACAAAUUAAUCACAUGGUUUUGACACAGUUGUUAGACUAAAAUUAGAAUUCCUAAUACUCAGUUAUAUUUACAGUAUCUGAGGUUUUGUGCAGACGAUCCAAACAAUAUUCAGACUAGCAUUCCUCAGAUUUGAAUUCUGACAUCAUCACUGUGAGCCAGGUGGAGGUUACAUCGGGCAAUAUUCAAGUAAUUGGCAUCUUGUUACUUUUGCACAAACCCAAGGCUUCAGGUAACACAAAAGGCAGUGAGAUUCAAUAGGCGACCUGGACAAGCUCAAUGCCCUUAGCCUAUAUGCUGUAUCUCAGGUACUGACACACUCCUUCUAUCUUUAAUUCUUAAAAAAAUAUUUCAAAUGAAAUCACAGGGUGCCUCGACCUGAAUGCUGUAUUUCUUAAUGCCUUCUCAAUUGCUAGACAUCAUGGGGACUAUAAUAGAUAAUGACAUUAACUGAUAAUUAAUGCAAAAUUAAAACAAGAAUUCAAAAAAGUAAGCAAGUGAAAGUGAAGACAAUGGGAUGGAAAUCUGGUAUACUUGGCAUUAUUGUAUGUGGUUGACUUAAAUGUAUUUGUGUGUAUAUAUAGUAUAUUAUCACGAGCUUCAUGUAUUAUGAAAUCUCUGUAAUUCCACAUCGUAGACUUCUUACACGACAGUGCAAAAGAGAUUUCUUUGUUUAGCCACUGUACUUGACAGGCAAAUACAAGGCUUCAUCUUGGAAAAAUCACAUUUGCUUUUUAAUUAAGGAAAAAAUGCCAACUUAAUGUUUGGUGUUACAUUGUUCUAAUGUACUGAAUCAAAGCUACAGCUGCACAUCUGUUAUUUUUGUUCUUAUAUGAGGCAUUAGGGACUAAAUCAACUCUAUGGCUCCAUCUGCUGGUCUUAACCUAAACUGCACUCAUUUGGACUCAGUGGCCUGAGUGUACACAGCCUGAUAACUGCAGUAGUGUGUGUACAGGGGAGGGAUCAGAAAUGUGUUUGAUUGUGGUUUAAGUGUAAAAAAAUAAAACCAGAAUCAAAGACUUCCACAGUACAUAUUAUGGGGCUUUUUUCAUGUUUCUAAAUAACUUGUAUCAGGUUUUACUGCUAUUUCUCUUGGUUUUGUGACUGAAGUAGUUGUAUAAGACAAUCACAUUUCUAUUUAUCUCUGUCAUUUACAUUGAUGGAUUUCCUUUUGAGUGAUACUACAACAAUGUUCAUGUAAGCAUUUGUACAGCAACAAAUUCAUUCAAGUGCAUUAUGCUAAUUGAUAAUAUAAACUGACCAUAUUUGUCAAACACUAUCAAGCCGCAGCUCUUCCUAUGUACAACUUCAUUCUGCUUUAAGAAUUUGUAUUUCGAGAAAGAAAAGCCUUGCACUCGAGUUUCCAGACUGCAAGAUGAAAUGCUCUUCUGUUUCCUUUUAAUUUUGUGUGCUUUAAUAGUCACAAUGUUUCUUUUGCAGCAUAGAGCCGUACGUAGCUGUAUUUUUGUAUUAAAACAUUCUAUAGUAGGCUUC